AGGCUCCCAUUUAUGAAGCGUGGGAGGCAAAAGAAGCAGCAGGUUAUAGAAUUCAGUUUGAGCUCCGUCGGGUUCCGCAGGUCAUUAGAGCCAAUAAGAGAAAGAAACAGCGCCGCAGUGGCGUAGAGGGCCAAUCCCUUUUCCGAGUUCUGAAGGAAGGCGGGGACCAGGGAGCGAAAACCGCCAUCCCUCCGCUGAGGGGCCCCGGGGGGUGGGGGGGUCCUGGAGCAUGGCGGACCGGACCGAGACUCUGAGUAUGUGGAGAUGGAACUGCCCGAGGCCUCCUGGCCAGCUGUCAAGCCCUCAUUGCUAGCGCUGCAAGGGCUGCCACAAUAACUGUAGCUGAGCCGCGCUUGAGGUCCUAGGCGGGAAAAAAAUGACAGCAUGAGUUCUGCGGCCGCCUAGUUUACUCCCUUUUCUACUGUGUCUUCCUCUUCCACAAACUCCAUCCUCCUCUUUUCCCGUCCCUGUGCUCCUCUUUCCGCUAACCUUUGUCUUCCUUUCCCACUUCGGUCCUCUUCCAUUUAUCUAAUGCCCUGCAUUUCCAUCUAUCCUUUAUUAACCCCGGUGCCUCAUUUUCCUUCUCCCGCCUUUGUCUUUCCUCCAUCAUCUUUUUCAUCCUGUCUCCCUCCCAACACUAACUCUGCAUCCUCCUCCGUCCCCAACUCCCCCUCCCAACACACACACACACACACACACACACACACACACACACACACACUUCCUCUUCUGCAUCCUCCUCUUUUCUCCGCCCUCGCGCCCAAGCCUCCGCCCAUUAGCCCCCGCCCCCAGCUGCCAGUCCUCAGCAGCUCAGUCCUGCAGUGAGUCCAUAGCAAAGCACUCAGAGCUGAACACUGCUAACUGUGCGAUCUAGCAAGUCUCCGAAUGGCUCAGGAGAAAAUGGAGCUGGAUUUUGAGGCUGACACAUCUGAUGGGGGCACCAUGAGACGGUCCAACAGUGCUCCCCUGAUCCAUGUGCUCAGUGACCUUUCACAGGUUUUUGAGCCAUAUCCACUUAGAACUCGGAGGAACAGUACAACAAUUAUGAGCCAUCAUAGCUUGGAAGAAGGCCUGGAUAUGAUGAACAGAGAAACUUCAAAUGAAAGGGAAGCACAAGCAGGGAUGCAGAUAAGCCAGUCAUGGGAUGAAAGCUUGAGCCUGAGUGAUAGUGAUUUUGACAAGCCAGAGAAAUUAUAUUCUCCAAAGAGAAUUGACUUCACUCCAGUUUCUCCAGCGCCUUCCCCAACCAGAGGAUUUGGAAAGCCGUGCUUUUCGCCCUCCUUGCAAAUGUUUGUGGGUAGCAGUGGUAUGCCAUCAAGUCCUGUUUCGGAUCCAAGACAAUUUUCAAGCAGGAGGAGUCACAGUCCAGUCAAGUGCAUUAGGCCCAGUGUUCUUGGUCCUCUUAAGAGAAAAGGGGAAAUGGAGACAGAAAGCCAGCCUAAGAGACUCUUCCAAGGCUCUGCCAACAUGCUGUCUACAGAUGCUGCCCGACUGUCUGAUCUCAGUUCAUGGUGGUGUUAUCAAGGAGAAGAAAUUCCUGCCUUGACCAGAUGUGUGGAGCAUCUACAAAUGAACGAAUAGUUAUUUACACAAACCACUGUACAAAAGCAAGCGUUCAUGAAGCUGUCAAUGUCUCGGGUAGUAUUAUGAGGCCUUGGGUGCCUUGGGGUACAUUGCUGUCCUGUAGGGGACGUGUAUCAUAGGGUGUUGUGGAAGUGGAAGCUUUAUGUGAGUGCUGUCUUGUUUGAUUUUUUUUUUCUGAUUCCUUUUUUUGUCAUUGAGUUUGUUUUGUCAUGUAGUGACCUGGUGUUUUUGGUUAUUGUGUUGUGCUAGAGUCAGAACCCAGUUCUUGUUCUUGUUGCCUUAUAGAGGGCUGUUUAAUAUCUGUAAGGAAGCUUUGAGGAGCUGAAAAAGUCAAUGCUACUGUGCCCUCUGCUUCCAGAAGUCUUUUGAGCUGUAAGCAGUGUAUGUGCAGUGUAACGUAAAAUAUGCUGUCAUUAUUUACAAGUGGAAACUCCUGACUAAGAUAUUUAAGAAAUCCAAGUGUGAUGUAUUGUGACAUUAUUUAUUAUUUAUUACACUACGUAGAAUGUCUGUGUUGUUAUCUUCCUUUUAAUGUUCAACAUAGUAGAUGGACUAUUUGUGUUUAUAUUCACAUUUAUGUGCUAGAAUCGUGAUAUUAAGUGAAUGUAAGAAACAAACAGAAAGUGAUUAAACUUAAGUCUUUUGAAAUCUAAAAUCCUUGGAGGUGGUUUGAAGGCAUCUUCAGGCUAGAAGUUGGUGAGCUUACAGCAAAACCUCUCUUUUAAUCAUUAGAGACCAUCACGUAGCUUGCAGCAGUUGCAUUAUAGAAUCAGGCCUGUUCUUAAGUUUACAUUGUAAUCACUGUCAUAACAGCUAUUACUGGCUUUAGUUCCCAUGUUUCUUUAGCCUGUGAAAAGCUCAUAAUCCUUCAAACCUAACGUAAAUGUGCUGUUACAAGAACCGCCCACUUGUGUGCUGUUUUAAAGAAACAUUUUUUUGAUGGCACUUGGUAUAUACACUCUGUUAAUGAACCGUGUUCCAACAGCUUUAGCUUUCAUAAUAAUGAGAGAUGAGUUUGUCUUUUAGGAAAUGGUCUGCCUUCAUUCUUGUGUCUUAUUUGCCUCAAAGGGACACUUUUCAGUUCAAAUUUAACAUCCAAAUUUAGGACUGUUAAGAAGUAACCUUUGAAAUGUGAUGAUAUUUAAAGUUAUGUUAAAAAUUCAGUGGCAAGGUAAAACCAGAGCAGCAAAUUGAAAUGGUGUGAUGAGAUCAAAGGGUCAGGAAGAUUCACUUUACAGUUUUAAGCCAACUUUUAUCAAUGAAUUUAAUUUAAUGUUCUAAACUUGUUCUUUUGCAGAUUUUAUACAUGUAUACAAUUCAUUCUGAUUUUUCUCACUCCCCACCUUCUCACAUAUCUCUCCUACCUCUGUCAAUUCCCACUUUCUCCUAUGAAUUUUUUUUGCCACAUUAUUGUCUUUUCUUUUGUAAACUAACCUUUUGUUAUGGUUGCCCCGUAUAUUGUUUAAAUGGACUAGAAAACUAAGUUUGAGCAGGGAUUGUUUUGAAAUAAACAAAAGAUAGGUAAUAUGCUAAUCCACAGAGCAGCUUUGUUGACAGUACCCCUUUAUUUUUAUAUAAAGUCUAAUAUUUGAAAUGCAGUUGUUGUUAUAAACUAAAAUUCUUUCUUCCUAUUCUCAUAUUAUAUCAUAUAUUUUAAGCUUCUAUUUGAAAACUACUACAAGAAAUGAAACCAUAAUAAAAUCCUAUAGAUCCUGGUUUUGCUUGACCGACUUAUAAAUCACUGUUUUAUGAUAACUGCUUUUGGAAUAAUAGAAAGUUUUGUGAAAUGUUGACCUAGUGUCUAUCUUAAGAAUGUGAAUUUAAUAAAGUAUAUAUACAUGUAUAAAAAGACAAA